AUGAGGGUGGUUAUAUUGCUCUCUCUUUGCCUGGCAGUGGCAAUAGCCGCACCAUCGAAUCCGCAAAGGAUUGUUGGAGGAACGGUAACUUCCAUUGAUCGUUACCCAUACGCUGCUGUCUUAUUAUACUCUUGGUCUGGUCUUGGAAAUUUCGGCCAAAGUUGUGGGGGUGCAAUUAUUAACAACAGAUCAAUUCUCUCAGCGGCUCACUGCUUUGCUGGAGAUGUAGCUGCCCAAUGGCGAGUACGUGUUGGUUCUACCAACGCUCAUAGCGGUGGUGUCGUUCACCAGACCAGCAGACUCAUUAAUCAUCCACAAUAUAACCAUAACUCUCGAACCUAUGACAAUGACAUUGCUAUUCUUCAAGUGACUUCCGCUUUCAUAUACAAUAACAAUGUCCAACCUGGACGCAUUGCUGACCAUAACUACAAUCUCCUUGACAACCAGGCUGUGUGGGCUAUCGGAUGGGGACGUACGACGUUUGGAGGCGCUCCAUCAGAGCAACUUCGCCACGUACAAAUAUGGACCGUGAACCAAAACACCUGCAGGAACCGCUAUGCUCUAAUUCGCCCUAUUACCGACAACAUGCUGUGCUCUGGCUGGCUCGACGUUGGCGGACGUGAUCAGUGCCAAGGAGACUCUGGUGGUCCUCUUCUUCACGGCACAACCAUCGUCGGUGUUUGCUCCUGGGGAGAGGGAUGUGCUGAACGUUACUACCCCGGUGUUAAUGCUCGUGUUAGUCGCUACACUUCAUGGAUCCAAAGCAAUGCU